AUGGAUUCUUUGAAGUUACCAACCACAGCGGCACAGGCCAAAGCAUUUACUGCACCAAACUCGUUGUUGUUCCCGCUGGGAAUUGAUGGGCAAAGGACGGAUAUAAAUCAAGAAGCUACUCCUAAGAAGGAAGAAGACACAUCGGAUACAAUCGUCGAGCCAAAUCAAGACGAGGAUGAUGGUGCCACUUCGGGUAUAGUGCCCACAUUACAAAAUAUAGUGGCGACUGUCAAUUUGGACUGUCGGUUGGAUUUGAAGACCAUUGCGUUGCACGCGCGUAAUGCCGAAUACAAUCCAAAGCGUUUCGCGGCUGUCAUUAUGAGAAUCAGAGAGCCUAAGACUACGGCAUUGAUCUUUGCAUCAGGUAAAAUGGUUGUCACUGGUGCGAAAUCCGAAGAUGAUUCUAAAUUAGCAUCAAGGAAAUACGCGAGAAUCAUUCAAAAAUUGGGAUUCAACGCCAAGUUCACUGACUUUAAGAUUCAAAAUAUUGUCGGAUCUUGUGAUGUCAAGUUUCCGAUUAGAUUGGAAGGUUUGGCAUUUUCGCAUGGUACUUUCUCGUCUUAUGAACCUGAAUUAUUCCCCGGUUUGAUUUAUAGAAUGGUUAAACCUAAAAUUGUGUUAUUGAUCUUCGUUUCCGGUAAAAUUGUUUUAACUGGUGCAAAACAAAGAGAAGAAAUUUACGCUGCAUUUGAAGCGAUAUACCCCGUGUUAAGUGAAUUCCGUAAAUCUUAG